AUGGAUUCCCCCAAAGAAGGGUCUGGCUCGAAUGCCGAAAAACAGGAAAAAUUGCCCAAGAUCGACACCUCCACUUACCAUGUUCAUGAAACUCAUCCCAAUAGACCCCAACCCAGAAACCACUGGGCCUCCCAAACAUCGCUGCCUCUGUCGUCCCGGGUCUCCUCGCCUGGCGAACUCCACAUGCUGACCAGAGAAUCCCAUUUUCCGUUCCAUUCCCAGCUUGAAUCAUCGCUCAAUGCCCACAAUUCUCUGCAAGAAACAACACCAUCUCAUGCUGCUUCACAGAGGCUGCAACAAGGCGGCUACGGCACGAUGCUGCCUACACAACUGCUGUUUUCGCCACAAAACGGCUCGAAUUGUCAUUCGCCUCACACUGCGUCUCACCAGGGUCUUCCGUCUCCUGAAGCUCAGACGCCUGUUCCACAACCUCCGCUUUUACGAUUGGGCAGCACGAACCCCGGUGGUGUUUUUGAUCCAAGGUCUCGAAACCACCUGGUUUCCUUUUCGGAUCAGUAUGGCUCCGAUAGGUCAAGAAGAUUCACGAUUUCGUCGCAGCCGCUGACCUCUAACUUGACACUGCAGCAAAAGGUUCCUACAAUGAGCAGCACCAAUUCCGGAAACCCGCCUUCAAGAAAAGCUUCUUUGAGAGGCGACGGUCUCCCAGCGGCGCUCAGCAGAAACAGCUCUGCCCUCAGCACUCAUCAACUUCAACAGCAUCAGAACUAUUCUGACCAGCAGCAACAGCAGCUCGUGAAUCAGUUUCAAAAGCUCCACACGAAUCGUGAAGUCCAUGACGCAGACGACGCUCAGGACUUCUCCAACCCCCACCCGGCUCUUGCUAAUCACACCCUGAAUUUACUGCAUCAGUCUCUCGGAUCGUCUCGCAACGACUCUCCUGUUUCGGCAAACCUGGAUGGCAGAGGUACGCCGUCGCCUCCUCCAUCUAGACCUUCUUACUUUGGCUCUCGCUCAAGCAUGAGGUCCGGCAGCCGUUCGCCAGGCCCACAAUCCCAUCACUCGGAAUCAGGUGCUGUGCCUAUCAGAAUCAGCGGUGCGCUUCAGAGAAAGAAUUCAGCCACCAAGCGGUCUAAUAAGACGGUUGUGGCUUCUCCUGUUGGUCCACCUGUCCCAUUCCAAGAGUAUUUGACCAAGGAAGAUGACAGGAAGUUCCACAUUCUUCUUGGCUGCACUGGAAGUGUUGCAACCAUCAAGGUACCAUUGAUUAUUGACAAACUCUUCCAGAUAUUUGGCACACAAAAGCUUUCCAUCCAGCUUGUUGUCACGAAAGCAGCAGGUCACUUCCUCAAGGGUUUAAAGAUCCACAACGAGGUGAAGAUUUGGAGAGACGAGGACGAAUGGGCCAAUUUCACCGAGUGGAAUAACUCAAAUACCACUACAACUGCAUCCACCUAUGAAGCACCAUCUAAGAAGUCAAAGAACCACUACGACAAGAUGAUUUUGCAUAACGAGCUCCGUAAAUGGGCUGACAUCAUGUUGAUUGCACCUUUGAGUGCCAACACGCUAGCGAAGAUUGCCAACGGUAUCUCCGACAAUUUGUUGACGUCGAUCAUCAGAUCGUGGGGCCCUACCGGUGCCAUCUCUGGCUCAAGCGCAACCAAGAAACCUAUUUUGGUUGCUCCUGCUAUGAACACUUUCAUGUAUACCCACCCUAUGACCGCCAAACAGCUCAAGAUGAUCACGACCACAGACGAUGGCUUUGGAAUGGAGAUUUUGAAGCCAGUUGAAAAGGUCUUGGUGUGUGGUGACAUCGGCAUGGGUGGUAUGCGUGAGUGGAUUGACAUCGUCGAGAGACUUCGAGUUAGAAUCAAGCAAGUUCUUGCCGAACGCAACUCGGAAGGUCUUGAUGUGACUUUGGAGGAGCAGGACGAGGAUGAAGAUGACGAUGGCGAUGACGACGACAAUAAUAAUAACAAUGAUGACGAUGACGACGAUGACGACGACGAUGAUGACGAUGAUGAUGAUGACGACGACGAUGACGAUGACGAUGAUGGUGAUCUGAAUGAUCAAGAUGACACUAAUGAGCUCGACGAGCAGGACGACGAUAACGAAACAGUCAAGGCAAAGGAUCUCAGACGUGGAUCUGUUGAAAGAGAGAAAGAAAAGAGGUCAAAGUCCGACAAGAAUGAUGAUGGCCUUAUGUUUGAGUUAUCCGAGGAUACGCCGUCGGACGUUGCCAACGAGAUCCACCAAAGCAUCAGUCCCGUCAACGAAGGAGCGCAAUCUAUCAUUUGA